CUGUCACCUUAAAUAUUUUUUCCUCACGUUAUUGUCUCAUGUAUAAAUACAGGAUGGGUAGAGAUCAAGAACUACUGGAGGCAGCUAGAACAGGCAAUAUCCAACAGCUAGAAAAAUUAUUAAGCAGCAAAAGCCGCAAGCCUUCUGGUGAAAAGGGUGCAUUAACAAGUGCUUUUGAACGAUUUCAUAAUUUUCCUGGUUUUGGCUCUCGGCUUGCCAAUAUCCAGUGUGUAGAUUCCAGUGGAGAAACACCUCUACACCUGGCUGCUCUGAAUGGUCACAAAGAUUUUGUGCAGAUUCUCCUACAGAAUGAAGCGUCGACGAACGUCACUGAUGACAAGGGAUGUACUCCCCUGCACCUCGCCGCGUGGAACGGUCGGUCUGACAUCUGUACGCUGCUGCUGCAGCCAUCAGCUAGCCCUGCACAAGUAAAUGCACAGAACAUUUCUGGAGAUACGGCUUUGCACUGUGCUGCUCAGCAUGGACACUGUGGAACUGUGUCAGUCUUGUUACAGGACAAAGCUGACCCGACCAUUCGGAAUCUUGCCAGUGAUUCUCCUCUGGAUUUCGCUGCACAGUUUGGCCGAGGUGAUGUGGUCAAACAGCUUCUGACCACGCACCCAAACCUGGCGAAAUGCAGUCUGUCGGACCACUCACCACUGCACCGGGCAGCAAGAGCUGGUCACACGAGCAUCGUUAAAUAUAUGCUUGAAGCAGGCUUCUCUAUUAACAUGAAGACUGACGGAGGAAGCCCAUUGCAUGAAGCCUCCAGAUAUUGUAAAAUUGAUGUUAUUAAACUUCUGCUUGAGAAAGGUGUGGAUGUAAUGGAGAAGGACAAGAGUGGAUUGAAUGCUAUGGAAAUACUAAGCGUUCUUCCAUCACAGAAGGCGUAUGAAGCAGUUCAACUUAUCAAAGAGCAUAUCAAACAGAAUGCCAUUUUGUGUCCGAUUGAUGAUAGAACACCUUCUGAAGACGAGUAUCCGGAGAGCUUCUCAGACAACCCCUCCCCAGUUCGACCAGUCCCGGCCCCUCGAACUAGUAUCGUCGCAGACCAGUCUACCAAGAUAGACCCCAUCUACAGCUUGGAAGUGGCUCCACGAGUAACUGUUCAAAGCCCGGAUAUCUCACCCCCUCCGAUUCCUCCGAGAGAACCAUCGUUUAUUGAAACGAGACAAACCCCAGUUGUGUCGGUAGAGGAUGAUGAUGUGUACGAUGUUCCGGCACAUCUGUCUCCUUCAGUCCCACUAGGCAGUUCACCAGAUGAUAUUUACAGUGAACCACCUUCCAAUGCACCAAUCCCUACAAAAAAACCUCAAAAACCACCACGUGCUUCCAAGGCUAUAUCAAUGGCUGUUCAACCGAAACCUCAUAUUUCCACUGCUCCAAAAUCCGAUUCAGAUCCAGUCCCAAAUCGGGUUCCAGAUUCGGAUCCAGUUAAAAAUCUAGUUCCAGAUUCAGAUCCAGUUACCAAUCCAGUUCCAGAUUCAGAUCCAGUUAUAAAUCCAGAUCCAGAUUCAGACAGAGAUCCCAGCAAACCAGCAGAGCCUGGAUACGAAGAAGAUGAAGAGCUGUACAUAAACAUGUCUGCCGUAGUGCUCGAUGCACCAAAACCAGUCCGUAAAUCUCACUACGUCAAUGUGUCGUUAACCACACAGGAGGAUGGUGACGUGCAAAUGGACCUUGAUCAGAGAACCAGCGAGCAGAAAGAACAUGCUGAUGAUGUUGAAGUGAAAAAGGAACGUGAUGCAGAUGAUGAAGACCACAAAGAACAUGUUACAGAGAGUGAAGUGAAGAAGGAACUGGAUCUAGAAGAGCAGAGUGAUGCGGACAGGAGUGUAAAGGAUGGCACAGAAACACAAGCUGAACAUGCUGAAGACAAUCAAAUGAAGAAGGAACAUGAACCAAGCAUGGACGUACAGAAGGAGCAGGUAUGCAGUAAAGUGCAGACAGCAGGCGAAACUAUUUCUGCUGAUACAGGAGAUCUGCCUGCAGAUGUUUCUGUGACAGUAGAUCAGAAGAUACCAGACACCAAACCAGCUCCAGAGACGACAGAGAAAGCACAGAAGCCGUCUUCCCUGCCGCUAGAUGUGAAGCGAACUAGCGUUGUGGGUGAAGACGUUCCCUUGUCACCAUCCAGCUACGUCCAGCCCCCGACACCUGACCACCCCCCGCCGUCGCCCAUGACAGCAGUGAGUGGAAUAACUCUGAAAAUUAACCCUCAGGAAAAACGAAAAUCCAAAGACAUGGAAACCUUAACGGAGUCCUACCUUCUAGUGGACGGUACCGUGAAACUUACAGACAAGGAUCCUCAGUUGAUGGAGCCCGACACUGAAAUCUUAUGCAACGAAAAACCCGAUCUUCCAAAUCCCGUCAACAUUCCAGACAGUGCGGAAAGCCCGCUGGUAAAAGUUGAAAGAGUUCAUUCCCAGAUUUUGGAGACUGUGCCCGAGAAAGUGGAGGAAACUGUAAAUCAUUCCAGUCAAGCAAAAGAAGAGGGAGAUAACUCUUCAAGCCCUAAAAGCCUCCCCGUUGAGUGCCAGUUGAGAGGCGGUGAUGCAGAAGUCGAUAGUAUGUAUGCAGGUCUACUGCGGGGCUCGACUCCGGGUGGUUCUCGCAAUGUGGUGUCCCAGAUCUGUGAGAAGGUGGCCGUGCGCCAUGUGAAGUCGAACCAGCGAUCGACGCUGUCUGCGGUCUUCACAUUUGACCCGGUCAUGGAGCGGGAGGAGGACAAGGAAAUCGACCCCGAGGAUGUGCUGCGAGCCAUCGACGCCAUCGAGGCCACCGCGCAGAACGCAGCAAAGCACGCAGCAGAGAAGAAACACGACGACUCAUCCGCAUUCGACGACACCGAAGAGUGGGCCAAGAUUGAGGCAACCCUACAAGGAUUUGGUGCAGCCAUGACGCGAGAGUCAAUAUUUGUGCGGGAGUACGAAGACGACUUUAAACGUCUCUUAGCAGCCUCAGCCAACAGCAAGAUGCAGAGUGUUGGGGACUGGCUUGACCGGCUGGGUCUAGGGCAGUACGAAAACACUCUGGUUGCCAAUGGAUACGAUGAUACUGACUUUCUAGGUGGAAAAGUCUUAGAAGAUGGAGAUUUGGAAAGCAUUGGAAUUAAAGAUGCCAAGCAUCGUAAGAAAAUCCUGGAAGCGGCUAAGAAUCUACCGAAGAUAACCCCUAUUGACCAGGACAGGCUGGUCAUCUCAGUGAAGGACUGGCUGGCGAGUCUGCGACUGGAUCACUACCGCGACACCUUGCACUCGCACAAGUACAACACUAUGCAACGAGUGAUCAAGCUGUGGGAACUGGAACUUUCAACAGUUUUGGACAUCACAUCAAUAGGUCACAGAAAGAGAAUCUUGGAAUCCCUUGGCAACCGUCCACCCCCAGAGAAAAAAGAUUCUUCCAGCAGCAGUCCCGCUCUUAUUAAGAGGGAAGUGCACGAACCACAAGAAGUGAAAAACAUUCCUGACCUGUUUAAAGACUACACAGGCGUCAAGUCGACGGCGGUGGAUGAGGGUGAGGUGCCCAUUCCCACCCAGAAACCCCUCCUGAUGUUUGAGAAAAACGAAGAAUUUAUUAACGGACAAGGUCAGCACAUCCGUGACAGCGCUAUCCACAUCCGGCCUCCUCAUCUCGCUCACACCACGGGCUCGGUCAGACAGUGGAGACACCGGCCAGAAAUCCUCAUCAAGGGAUGCUGCAACUACACCGCCCAGUAUUUAGGCUCUACGUUGGUCAAAGAUCUGAACGGACCAGGUUCAACUCAAGAAGGCAUCUCGAAACUGAAGCAACGUUUAAGACGGAAGCUACAGAAAUCAUCUGAUGUGAUAGCCAAGAUACCUACCAUUAUGCUUUCAAUUUCCUACAAGGGAGUCAAGUUCAUUGAUGCCAAAUCAAAGAGGGUGAUAUGCGACCACGAGAUUGCCAACAUAUUCUGUGCCUGUCAGGAUGCCGAACAUCUCAACUUCUUCGCCUACAUCACGAAGGACCGGGAAACGGAGAAACAUUACUGUCACGUCUUUAGUGUCCGUAGUCGGGAAUUGGCAGGGGAGAUAAUCCUGACCCUGGGGGAAGCAUUUGAGAUUGCUUACCAGAUGGCGCUGAAGGAAAAGGCAGAGGAGGAUGCACUGGAUUUUGAGCGGAAACUGAGUCAGAACGACCCCGAUGACACAACUAGUUUGUCUUCUAAAGCAUCCGUCAGCACAACGUAGUUCUCUCAUCAUCCUAAAUGUGUGAUUCAUCAAAAUGGAGAAACAAGAAGAAACACAGAUUAAAAGUAACACCAAACAUGACAGGUUGAGACUGCACGUUGGAGAGAGAUUCUGGAAUUUUAUGGAUUAUUUGUGCUGAGAAACUGAAAUGUGUAACAGACAUAUAUGCAUAUUAAAUUGUGAUAGGAUUUAUUAUGAAAAUAAUCCAUGUAGUUACCAGAUAUUCUACAUACAUAUAUGUCGUGAUACAUUACACUACAUAUUUCUACUUCUAUUAGUCAAAGGUACUGUUCUUUUAUGAUGUUCUUUCAUAAUGCUACAUGCGUUGAUUAACUAUUUCUACUUUUAUUAGCCAAAGGUACUGUUCUUUCAUGAUGUUCUUUCAUAAUGCUGCAUGUGUUGAUUAACAGACUCAGAUCAGUCAUAUUGCUUCAUAUUGGCUUACAGAAAACAUUCUUUAAUAUUGCGACAGGUAUUGGCCAACAGGCAACGUUCUCCUAUACUACUACAUGUUGGGUUGAGGUGCUUGCAUCGCACGAUCGAACCAUCUCAGUCGACCCAUUCAACUGAUUGUUAGUGUGAAAGUGCAUAUAUAAACGAUCCCUUGCUGCAUUAGGAAAAAUGUAGCAGGUUUCCUCUGAUGACUUUGAGUCAGAAAUUACCAAAUGUUUGACAUCCAAUAGCCGAUGAUUAAUUAAUAAGUGUGCUCUAGUGGUGUCGUUAAACAAAAACAAACCUUUAACAUGUUUGGUUAAGAGACCAUAUUCUAUCAUACUGGUACACGAGUUAUCUUUAACGUUAAAUAUGGUCCAUGUAUUGGCUAUCAGGCAGCAGCCAGGCAAUGUUCUAUCGUAAUGCUAGAUGUGUAUACGUACUGGCUAAAACUAGAAAAGGCAAUGUUCUGUGAGUAUUGUAUUGCUAGAUACAUGUAUAUGGGCUAAGACUCAUAAAGCAAUGUUUUGUCAAUAUUGCUGCAUGUAUUGGCUAAAGCUAGUAAAAGACCAUGUUCUGUGAAAGGGGCAGCUCGUGUGCUUGCAUAUUUUCUCCACAGUGAGCUGGGAUGGAUAUAUGGGCUAAGACUCAUAAAGCAAUGUUUUGUCUGAAUGUAUUGGCUAAUAGUAGUGAAAAGGCAAUGUCCUAUCAGUAUUGUUACACUAAGUGAUAGGAAAUAAUGUCUUGGCACAUUGUCUAUUUUUCUAGAUGUCCAUUAACAUAUCUGUUGUACAGAUUCAUCAAUACAGGCUCAAAUACUAUUCUGUUUACAUAUUCCUUAUUUAUCCUGCAAACAGCUGUUACUGAUGGUGUGUUGCUUGUGGUCUUUGCCUUGCAAACACGUGCUAAUGGAUCAUAUUUAUACCUUAGAAAAAGUCCAGGCAUAUCAUCUCUAAUGUAUAUUUUGUGUAAACAUUCAUAACCCAAGUUGAUUGUGAUAUGGUCAAACAGAAGGUUAAGUUUAGGCCAUCUGUAACAACUGGAUUUUUUUUUUUAUCAUCCCACUCACUAUUUCAGAAGUGGUAAGUAGAAUUAAGUUUAGGUGCAAAAGAAAAAUAAGUCAAGAGAAGUUUAUGUGAGUUGGUUGGGAUACACAAAACAGUAACAUUUUUAACACAGGCCUUGGCAUGAUUCUGUUGCCAAAUACUGAAAGAAUCUGUAUGGCAGUUUGUCAUAUGUUAAAAUAUUAAUACAAUUAGUGACAUUCUUAAAUAUAUAUAUAUAUAUUAAUUUUUUUUCAAUAUAUUUUUGGUUAUAAUAUCUAUAGAGAAUGUAUUUUCAAACAUUCAGUAGUACCGAAGAUCUGCAUUGAUGGUCUAAUUAUACUGUAAUAAUUUGUCAAAUUCAGUUGGAGAUUUUUAUUAAAAAUCAAAAUCAUGUCAUUAAAUAUUAUGGUUUUGUGUUUUAGCUCUCGUCAUUUUUGUCUCGUCAUUACAGAGUUAACAUAAUCAAGGCAGCCUUAGUGUUGAUGGCAUCAAACUUUUGCAUUUAGCUUUAAUCCUUAAUGUUAAAGUUUAGCUUUAGCGCCAUUUCUCACAAAACUAUCAAUCCAACAUCAAUGAAACUUGGUAUAUAGUUACAUCUCAUUGCAUGUUAAAUUAAAAACAAAUUAAAUUAAUAUUUUUUAAGUUUUUUUUUUUUUUUUUCAUGCAUUGUGAUGAAGAUAUUAAAUGAAUGAAAAUAUUGAUGAUAAUGAAUAACUUUAAAGUAGGGGAGACGUCUAAUGCUGUGGAAUUUGUCUUAAUUUGAUCAUUUUCUUCGUGACCUUUCAGUCUCAAGUACCUGUAGAUUGUCUUUCAUUACAAACUGUUUAAGGUUCAUAGUCUUCUGUAUUACACACCAGUGUAAGAUAUUGCUCAUGUCAUAACAAUCACUCAGUAUCUAACUAGUGUAAUAUUGGUGUGACGCGAGCGUGACGUAGAUCACUUGCUGACCCAAUUCGUAGAAAAAUUACAGGUAAUAGAUCUCGACAUCUGCUUACAUCUGCAUUUCACUAGCUUGCCUGUAAUACCAUUUUUAAGAAACUCGUGAACAGUGUUGGUAUCUGACUCGCUUUCGCUUGUUAGAUACAUGUACCAAAACUGUUAACUCAUUUCAUAAAAAUUAUAUGACAGGCAAGCUCGUUGACUAUUCUAUAUGUAUGGUAUCUCUGGUUGAAACUGUCUGUUUCCUGCUGAGAAUAUUUUGUUUUAUUUCUGCCUUGUCCUAAUGUUAAUAUAAGCUUAACACAGUGUCUUGAUGUGACCUUUUGACAUUUUUAUCAUGAUGAUAUCUUAGUUUGUACCAUUUAGAAAUACAUCCUAUUAAAACACCAGGAUAUAGAAUAAUUAAGUAUACUUCAGCUCAUCACAAACGUUGUAUGUAUCAAGAGGGUUGGGUUGGAGGGGAGGAGGCAUGCACUUCCCCACUUGAAAACAAAACAUGUUUUUGGUCCUACUCUAUAAAGAUAAAAAUAUGGCUUGUUUGUCCCCUCCAUUAGAGACUGUGCCCUCCACAAGAGGUUACGGUACCCCCCCCCCCCCCUCCAUUUUUUGUUCUGAACUAGUUACUUGUUUGUGGACAAAAUUAGACAUUUUUCAAAUUUGUGAUUACACACUGAGAAAUAAAUUAAGCAAGCAAGCAACUUAACUUUUAGACACAAAUAUCAGAUAAGGUUUUAAGAGAACAAAGUAUACCUUUAAUUAAUUAAUUAAUUAAUUAAUUAAUUAAAAGUUCAGUCAAUGUGAUAUUUAGUCUCAUGCUUGCUAUCUGUUCGUGCUUUUAUGUUCAUUGCAAAAGUGCUAAAGUUAAUCAUUUCUUUUUAUGUAUAUAUAUAUAUAUAUAUAUAUAUAUAUAUAU